AUGGAGUAUUCUCGUGUCUCGUUACUAGUAUUUGGCAUUUCUUUCAUUUGCUUCUUCCUUUGCACCCAAGCUAGGUGGCAUUACCACGCAAAACACCACAAGCAGAGUCAUCCUCAUAAAUCAUCCACAAUUUCAGAACCUCCCACUCCUCCACCUGAACCUGCCACUCCUCCUCCUGAGUCCGCUAAUCCACCUGAUGGUAGUGGCUUCAACUCUACUGGAGUUUUUGAUGUACGCAAUUUUGGGGCAAUUGGUGAUGGAAUAACAGAUGAUACGGACGCGUUCAAGAUAGCAUGGGAUGCAGCCUGCAACCAAGUUGAUUCUGCUGUCAUCCUUGUUCCUUAUGGUUUCGAAUUCAUGAUCCAAUCAACAAUUUUCACUGGUCCUUGUCAAGGUGGCUUAGUAUUUCAGGUUGAUGGGACACUUAUGCCACCUGAUGGACCUGACUCUUGGCCCCAGAAGAACAGCAGGCGUCAGUGGCUGGUAUUUUACCGAAUCAAUGAAAUGUCACUUCUAGGAGGUGGUGUAAUAGAUGGCAGAGGAGAGAAAUGGUGGAAUCUUCCUUGUAAACCCCACAAGGGAAUAAAUGGAACAACGAUGCCUGGACCAUGUGAUAGUCCAAUCGCCAUAAGGUUCUUCCUGGGCUCAAAUUUAACCGUGCGAGGACUUAAAAUCAAGAAUAGCCCGCAGUUCAACUUCAGAUUUGACAACUGCAAGAAUGUUCAUGUAGAAUCCAUUCACAUUACUGCUCCUGCCUUAAGUCCGAACACUGAUGGAAUUCACAUAGAGAACACCAAUGGUGUUGGAAUAUAUAAUUCAGUGAUCUCUAAUGGCGAUGAUUGUGUAUCAAUCGGGUCAGGUUGUUAUGAUGUGGACAUAAGGAACAUGACAUGUGGUCCGAGUCAUGGAAUCAGCAUUGGGAGUCUAGGAAAUCACAAUUCACGAGCCUGUGUUUCCAAUGUCAAAGUCAGGGACUCGGUGAUUAGAGUCUCGGAUAAUGGAGUUAGGAUUAAGACAUGGCAAGGUGGAUCAGGAGCAGUAUCAGGAAUAACAUUCAGUAAUAUUCACAUGGACAAUGUCAAGAAUCCGAUAAUAAUUGACCAAUUCUAUUGCCUCACCAAGGGGUGCACCAACCAAACAUCUGCUGUUUCAGUAUCGGACAUUCUCUACGAAAACAUAAAGGGAACUUACAAUAUUCGAAGACCACCAAUGCAUUUCGCCUGUAGUGAUUCAGUCCCAUGUACCAACUUAACACUAUCAGAUGUAGAGCUUCUUCCUGCUGAAGGAGAUUUAGUAAUGGAUCCAUAUUGUUGGAAUGCAUAUGGCGGUUUGCAAACUCUAGCUAUUCCUCCAGUUUCUUGCUUGAUGGAGGGCAUUCCUGGAUCCAUCUUGAAUAAUGACAUGGAUUAUUGUUGA